AUGUCGGAUCUAGAUCAGGAUAUCGCGCCCAUUCCCCGUUCGCGGGAAGAGAACCAGGAACGUGCAUUCAUCGCCGCCUCAAGGCGAAAGGAUCGUAGUCUUGAUGCCCGCUUGGAAUCUGCCAACCGCGCUUCCAUGCUCCACAGGAAACGUACGGGCAAGGCUUUCCACAUCACCAAGGAGAUUGUUGAGAAAGAAGCCAUGUACGAAGAAGUCGAUGAGCGUUACCAAGAAAAGCGUAUUCGCAUGCUGCAAGCCCAGAACAUGCAGAUUGAAGAGCAAUUCCACCGUCAUCUCUUGGCAGCUUUCGCCGCCCGAGCCAACAGCUCAGGGUCAGCAGCCUCGUCCAUUGCAAGCCGUCGAGCUAGUCUUGCACCCCGAGCAUCUGUCGAUGGGGCUUCCUCAUCCCGAAAGAUGAGCCUGGACCUCACAAACCUGCGCUCGCCAUUCCCGCAUGCCAUGGACUCCAACUCCCUCACUAGCCCAGCCAUGACAUCCGAUGGAUACGUGAUGUCCCCCUCAACCACCAGCUUCGAAGGCGCUCAGUCUUACAUGCCCUUCGAAAGCUCAGAAAGCAGCCCCUACUCCAACAUGAUGACCACCAGCGCCUCAUCCGGCCCCGUGCCCGCUUAUGUCACUCAGACGCCCACGCCAGCUUGGAAUCAGCAAAUGACACCCUCAUGGGCAAUGCAACAGCACGUCCCAACGCCCAAUCACACCCCCACGGAUGCCCACUCCGUGCAUAUGUGGCAGCAGCAAAUGAUGCAGCAAGCCCAAAUGCCCACCGACGCUGCCUCAACCAUGCAUAUGCGCCAAUUCAGAGACCGGCUAGCAUCUGCGCCGGAAUUCCCUGUUACCCACGCUAUCCCCCAACCACCAGCUUCGCACCCGCACCCCACUGCUUCCAUCUCCGGACCCAGUGGGCACUCUCGGGGCCAUUCCCAGCCCAGUAACCAUUUCCAUAACCUGCAUCUCCUGACGCAGGGAACGCAUCUUGCGCAGACGCCCAUGGCUCCGUCGAGCAAUAGUUCGCCGAAGAUCGAGUCGCUGUCAGCGGAAACGCAGUCUACGGUUGAUUUCUGUCCAACGCCAAACACCCCUCUCUCGCCUACAGCUGUUUCUGCUCAGCCGGUGAAGAACGAAGAGGGAGUGAUGGUUUCUCAUGAGGAUUUGGAUCCGGAUUUCAACGAGUUUAGUCAGUUUGCGUUGGGAUUGGAUGGGAACUCGUCUCUUCAGGAUCGGGAGCCAUUCGGGUUCGAGGACUUCGUUACCCUGGAUGAGUUUGCUACCGUCUCCUGUUGA